AUGAGCAAACCCGAAGAUCUAUCAUCUAGUGGCCCGUUAACACUCAGAUUUACUGGUGUUGAUGAUGAAGCAACAUCAGACGAAGAGACGGAAGAAAAAAAUGAUAAUCAAAAACAUGCUACCAGUUCUACGGUAUCUACGACACGUAAUGGAGAUACAAAUAAUCUCACUAUUAAUCAUUGUUAUGAACAUAAUAUCAAUUCUGUGAAUCUUCGUCGCAACCAAUUGCUUUCAAUUCCAUAUAAAACUUAUUUUGAACGUCGUGAACGCCAUUGGACAUUUAUACCAAGUACAGAUGUAGUUGUUGUUAGUGUUGCUGUUAGUCGAGAACAUCAUUUUCGUCUUAAUCCAUUUUUUUCUAUAAGACAGAGGCAUGAAAAAGAGAAAUAUUGGUUUGAUGGUUUACAUAGCAGGUACACAAUAACAUUAAAGCAUGGCGAUUUUAAUUGGACAAUUACAAAGAAAUAUAAAGAUUUAGUUAUAUUUUUCGAACGUAUGAAUGUUUUUCAAAAGACUGCUGCACUGCCAAUUCCGACAACAUCACAUCGUGAAAUUCGUCGUCAGAUGUCACAUUCACAUGCUAUACAAGGUCUAACACUGAAACCAGAUAUGCUUGUUGAUGAUAGUGAUAUUAAUGAUCGAGAGAAACUUGUAGCUGAAAAAUUAAAUUCCAUUGUAAAUCAUCCUGUGCUUUCACUUCACAAUGAAUGUAUAAAAUUUGUUGAAUCCUCUCCCUUAUCAUUUAUGCGUGAACUCGGACGUAAAUACAAGGAAGGUAUUGUAAAAAAGCUUUCAGGUGGUUAUCGGCAAAGUUGUUGUGCAAAUAUUGGUGCACGAAUAAAAUGGCUUAAACGUUGGUUAAUAACUAAAGAUUCUUGGAUUGCUUAUUUAAAUCCUAAAACUGGACAUGUACGUGCUGUUAUGCUUGUUGAUAGGUUUUUCCAUGUACGUACUGGCCGUCUUCAUACUGGUUCAGUUAAAAAAUUAUAUAUAUUUAAUUUAUCACGACGACUAUAUUUAAAUUGCCCGACUGAACGUAAAGCAAUUGAAUACUAUGAUGAUAUCAAUCGAAUGUUAAAAACAACGGGUCGAGAUUUUCAUAUUGAAACAAGAUUCAAUUCGUUUGCACCAAUUAGACCAAAUACAAAAUGUCAAUGGUUGGUUGAUGGAUCGGAUUAUUUCGAAGCUGUAGCUUAUGCUAUUAAGUCAGCAACAGAAGAAAUCUAUAUAACAGAUUGGUUUCUUAGUCCAGAAAUUUAUCUUAAACGUCCAGCUCUAUCGGAUGAAUGGCGUUUUGAUAAAAUGUUAGAAGGAAAAGCGGCAAAAGUUGAAUUAGCCAUCGGAAUAAACAGUUCGUACUCAAAAAGGAAAUUACUCGAAACACAUCAAGAAAAUGUCAAAGUUCUUCGGUAUCCGGAUCAUACAGGACAAAAUGCUGUACUGUUUUGGGGACAUCAUGAAAAAUUAGUUAUUGUUGAUCAAAGUAUUGCAUUAUUUGGAGGAUUCGAUUUGUGCUACGGCCGAUGGGAUAAUUAUCAACAUUUAUUAACCGAUUUCGGAAGUGCAUUACCUAUGAAACAUCAUGCCACUCUCAAUGUGCCGAGAACACACAGUGUCCCGUUGAUAAAUCCAAUAAUUCAACCACCCGUAUCAAUCGAUGCAUUAGAUCUUGACAGCGCAACAUGCAAUCGUUUUAUACAUUCAAAAGAUCACACUGGCCAUCAUAAAGACGUAAAUUCAUCACCAUCGAUACAUCCAAUGACUACUACGGAUCUAUUUUUUCCAUCGAAAUUCGUUCAAUUUCGUAGUGAAUAUCAACUUAAAGAUCAUCUCAAAGAACCUCAUUCUCAUGACUCCAUGUCAAAUAAUCUAAAUGGCAAUCCAGCAACAGUAUCACCGAAUCGCUCAUUGGCAAAAGUACCUAAUGACCAAACGCUCGAUGCCAUUGAUCGAAUCAAUAAUCCAGCCCGACGUUAUUCAUCAUCAGAUAUAGAUCAACAAUCGGUUCAUCUCGUGGACACACAAGAUAGACGAUUAAUUGAACAACAGAAAAAACGUCGAAUUUAUCAUUUUAAUCAUACACUUUUCUCGAAUAUUUAUAAACGUUCACACCGUUUAUCAUCGGGGGAUUCUCACAUAUUUCCUACGUCAACACAAAAUCGUGAACGUCUUGCACGUCGUCGACAUCAGAGUGUUAAAGAUUCAGAUAUGACUGACCAACCUACAACAUCAGAUACGGUUUACAGUCGAGCUUUAGAAAAAUAUACACUUAACCCAGAACAAGACGACGCACAAAAACAACAGCAAGCCAAUGGAACUUGUCGUGCAGCACUUUCUCUAACUGACGGAGGUAUUCGAGGAGUGUCAACUCAAAUAUCAACUCGUCAUAGACUUCCUUCGAGUGGUAAUACGCCUGAUCCUCAAAUUGAUGUUAAACAGCAAUUAUCACAGCAGCAAAAGUCAACAAAAUUAAAUGUUGAAACGAGCAAUCGCGCAAAGAAACUUUCAUUUCUGUUAAAUCGUCGAAGAACAAGUUAUUAUCCAGAUGAAAGCUCAAAUGUUCUAUCGGAUGAGCCUAAAAAGAAACGUGACGUUGAUUGGUCACUUAAACGAUCUUAUUCAUUUGAUACACCCUUUCAUCGUGAAGCAAUCGACGCUUUAAAUAAAGACAGUGGCUCUCGAUGGGAACGAUUAAAACUUGGUAUUCAAUCAAAAAUUUAUCGUUUUACAAAAUCCACUGAAGAUGUUUCAACGUUGCCUCUGUCACCAAUAACUCGAAUAAAUUCAUAUGAAACACAACGAAUAUCAUCUUCCAACCGUUAUCUUGGUGUUAAUGGUGGUCCUACAUUAGACCGCAUACGUUUACGUGAUAAAAUUCGCCGUGUAAAAUUAAAUAUAAAGACGAGUUGGAAACAACGUUCCGAUUUGAAUGACUCUGCUCAAUCCGAUGUUGACAGUGCUGAUUUUCAUCGGGAUUCUAAACGCGAUGAUAUGAGCUCAUUUAUUGGUCCGGCAAUGAAAUCAACGACACAUGAACUUGGUCUACAAGGCUCAUCGAAGAUGUGGUUCGGAAAAGAUUAUGCCAACUUUUUACUUCGAGAUUUUCGUAAUCUUGAUCAACCAUUCCAAGAUCAAAUUGAUCGAAAUAUCAUACCACGCAUGCCAUGGCAUGAUAUUGGAGGUUUUGUAUAUGGCGCUUGUGCUCGAGAUUUAGCAAGACAUUUUAUUGAAAGAUGGAAUUUUGUAAAAAGACAAAAAGCAAAAGAUGAUGAACAGUAUCCAUUUUUAUUACCGAAAUCUUAUGGUAUCUAUACACCGUGCCCUAAACUUCUUUCGAAUACAUUUAAUUGUUCAACACAAGGAUUGCGGAGUGUUGGUCGAUGGUCAACCGGUAGUAAUGAUACUGAAGAAUCAAUACAUGAUGCUUUUAUUGAUAUGAUCAUGAAAGCCAAAUAUUAUAUUUAUAUUGAAAAUCAAUUUUUUGUUUCGCUCAUUGAUGAUUCAACUGUACGGAAUCGUAUAGCCGAAGCUUUAUUCAAACGAAUACUACGUGCAUAUCAAGAUAAAGAAACAUUCCGUGUUUAUAUUGUAAUGCCGUUGAUACCCGGUUUUGAAGGACAAUAUGGUACAUCGAAAGCAACAGCAUUACAAGCUAUAACACACUGGAAUUAUCGAUCGAUAUCUCAAGGACAACAAUCACUAUUGGCACGAUUAGCAAAAGAAGUGGGUGAUCCACAUCGUUAUAUUUGUUUUUUCGGUUUACGAACAUGGUCGGAAAUGAACGGACGACUUGUAUCAGAAAUAGUUUAUGUUCAUAGUAAAUUAGUUAUUGUUGAUGAUAAUCGUGUAUUGAUUGGCUCGGCUAAUAUAAAUGAUAGAAGUUUAGUUGGUGAUAGAGAUUCGGAAAUCUCCGUUUUACUUGAAGAUACAGAAUUUGUACGCGGAAUGAUGAACGGACAACAAAUGCAAGUCGGAAAAUGUGCAAGUGGUCUGCGUAAAAGAUUAUUUCGAGAACAUCUAGGAGAUUUCGAUGGCACACAAAUUAAUUAUCAAGAUCCUAUAUCAGAUUCAUUUUAUAAAGAUACUUGGCUAUCAACAGCAGCAAGAAAUACAACAAUGUUUGAAAAGAUUUUUAACUGUAUUCCUACUGAUUCCGCAUUUACAUUUUCUCAAUUACGUGAAAUUCAAUCAGCAUCAAAACUCUGCGAGACUAAUCCUGAAGAAGCACGUCGUCUACUUCAAUCAAUCCGUGGCUAUUUGGUAUUAAUACCACAUAAGUUCCUUUCAAAAGAAUACCUUGGACCACGUUUGCCAGCUAAAGAAAUUUUAGCGCCAGCUUGGUUUUGGACAUGA